CCUUUCAGGCAGCAGCAGAAUUAGACAUCAAAUAUUCAACAUUGGUUCAACACUGUGCUUUGAUCCACAUGUCUGAUCAUCCAGCUGCGAGGACCUCACCAGUCACCCACCGGCGCCAGUGACGUACGCGUUUCGAUCGUUAUAAAACAGCCCACUAUCAGUUUCAACAGUACCUUACUUCCCAGGAACACAUACAUGGCUGAGCACCACCACCACCAUGGCCACGACAUUGCCGAGGCCAACAAGGACUAUUUUAACAAGGACUCUCAUACCUAUGACGAAUUACACAUGGUAAAGGAGCUGACAGAAAAGACAGCCAAAUAUAUUAUCUCGGAGGGAUGGUCCUUCAAUCCAGAGUCAACGACUGUACUGAAUUUCGCGUGUGGUACGGGUUUAAUUGAAACGGCCCUCAUUUCCCACUGCAAAUCCAUUCAAGGCGUCGACAUCAGCCAAGGCAUGGUCGACCAGUACAACAAGAGAGCCGAAACUCUCGGAGUCACUUCUAAGAUGAACGCAAUCACUUACGAACUCAAGGGUAUGCCAGAGGAACUGGAAGGGCGCAAAUUCGACGUUGUACUGUGUACCAUGGCUUACCACCACUUUGAAUCCACCGACGAGAUCACCCGCGUCCUAGCCUACUUCCUCAAACCCGGAGGUGCCCUCUUGGUCACCGACCGAGUGAGCUCGGAUCCCGUGUUGAAAAUCGAGGACAUCCCGGAGAAGUACGGGGCCAUCGUUCCCCACAGGGCGGGCUUCUCGGAGGAGGAUAUGAGGAAGUUGUUUGAGGGCGCUGGAUUAGGAUCGUUCUCGUUGAAUGUCAUUCCUGGCGCCACCUUGGACGCUGCUUUUACGGGCUUGACAAAUCAGAAGCUAUUCUUGGCUAAAGGAGUUAAGCCACUUUAGGCAAAGAGUCAGGGGUGCCAAUGUAUUUGUACAUUUGUAUUAUGGGUAUAGCGAUAAAGCAUGGAUUUUUUCUCAGUC